CAGAGCGAGAGAGCAAGCGCGGCCGAUUGACGCCUCCAGGAAGAAGCCCUGAGCUUCCCGUGGCAUUCGCCGGGCGGUGAUUGUGGUUCUCCGCCCUACGGGGUUUCCCAGUCAGCGACUGACCUGAGGAACACAAGGAGGCCACUGUCCAGGACCAUCCGUGGCCCAAUCUUGAUUGCUGCAAGGAACAGCGAGUGCCCACUCAGUGUGAUCUGGCAGUCUGGUCUCAAACUUAUAUGCUGCUAUGGCUGCUACUGUGAAUUUGGAGCUUGAACCCAUAUUCUUGAAAGCUCUAGGAUUUCUGCAUUCGAAGAGCAAAGAUUCAGCUGAAAAACUAAAAGCACUACUUGACGAAUCUUUAUCUAGGGGGAUUGACUCAAGCUAUCGUCCAUCACAGAAGCUUGAUUCAAAACAUGUUUACUCAGAGGAAGUAGAUCAGCCCAAAGUAUCUAUUACAAAGCCAGUUUCUGUUAAGCAAGAGCCUAAGGCUUCUUCUAGCCUUCCUCCAGGUAACAACAAUGGCAAGCCCAUUACAGCUGAAAAGGUGAAAAAAGAGGUGGAAAAGAGAUCCUCUGAUAAAAUAAAGUUGGAAAUCAGCGAAGGAGUUGACAUUCCAAAGAAACCAAGACUAGAAAAGCCUGAGGCUCGUUCUUCUCCCAUCACAGUGCAGACUAGCAAGGAUCUGGCCAUGGCAGAUCUUUCUAGUUUUGAAGAAACUAGUGCUGAUGAUUUUGCGAUGGAAAUGGGUUUGGCUUGUGUUGUUUGCCGGCAAAUGACAGUUACUUCUGGGAAUCAGUUAGUCGAGUGCCAGGAAUGUCAUAACCUCUACCACCAAGACUGCCAUAAGCCUCAAGUAACAGACAAGGAAGUGAAUGAUCCCCGCCUAGUGUGGUAUUGUGCUCGAUGUACCAGGCAAAUGAAAAAAAUGGCUCAGAAAACACAGAAGCCUUCCCAGAAGCCAGGCCCUGCUGUAGUUUCAGUAGCUCCGGCUGUGAAAGAUCCACUGAUAAAGAAACCAGAUAUUAAGCUAAAAUUGGAGACUACACCAGCCUUCCUAGCAUUUAAGAGGACAGAGGUCAAGACUUCAGCAACUAUUUCUGGUAACUCUACCAAUGCCAGCGUUUCCUCCUCCUCAACCAGUGGCCUUACUGGGUGGGCAGCAUUUGCAGCAAAAACAUCGUCUGCAGGUCCUUCAACAGCCAAGAUGGGAUCCACAACCCAGAGCACCAGCGGCAAGCCUGCCACUGCCUCCAGUAAUCAGAAACCUGUGGGUUUGUCAGGGUUGGCAACAGCGAAACCAGGGCUAGGGUCAAAAAUAGCAUCUCCUAACAGUAGCACAAGCCCUGUUCAGCUGAAGCCCCUGCCACCUCUGACGUUAGGGAAAACAGGACUUUCUCGUUCGGUUAGUAGCGACAACGUAAGCAAAGUAGGACUGCCUAGUCCAAACAGUUCCGCUCCAGGCAGCAGCCAGUCUGCUGGUGGAAAUGGAAGUAGCGGGACAGGAGGCAGCAGUGGGAACAGCACCAGUAAAUCGAGUGCAGAAUCUGGCAAUCAGUCCCCCUCUUUAAAAGGUCCUACUUCUCAAGAAUCCCAACUCAAUGCUAUGAAAAGGCUACAGAUGGUCAAGAAGAAAGCUGCUCAAAAGAAAUUAAAGAAGUAAUAGAACUGACCUGAAGUAAUAGAUCUAAUGAACUUUUUUGUCUUGAAAGCACAAAGAUGUCUCUAAACUUUGGCCACUGUUGAACAAAAAGUAAUAAAGUUCUAUAAUUAACUUUUAAA